AAUCGAAUCGAAUGACAGACGAUUUGGCUUGUAGGUAAACAAAGCCCGUCCAUUUCUGCCCUGCGCUGCCGGUGGAACGCGAGUUUUUAUUCUUUUGGCAAUUAUAGAUAAGAUUUGUGAGAUUUAAUCGGUGAAAGUAUCAGGGAUUCAAGUGAAUCAACAUGCAGCGAAACCUGACGCAGUCGAAGGAAGCACUGUUGAAGUCGUACAACACCCGCCUGAAGGAGGAUGUCCGAAGUAUGCUGGAUAAUUUCGAGGAAAUCGUCCGCCUGGCAAAAGGCGAGAACGAAACCCAGUUUUCCAAGAUGACUCAAUGCGAACAGGAUACCUACGAGAUGCAGGUGCGAGCGUCGAACAUCGUGCGCGCGGGGGAAUCCCUCAUGAAGCUCGUGUCCGACAUCAAACAGUAUUUGAUUCUCAAUGACUUCCACUCGGUCAACGAAGCCAUCUGCAGUAGCUCCCAACUGUACCGGAGCACGCAGAUGGAUCGCGAUAACAAACUGAUGGCCGUGCGGGACGAUAUGGCAGCGGAUCUGUAUGAUCUGGAGGAGGAAUACUAUACUAGUAUGUACAAAUAGAUGUGCGUAGUUUGGGAGCACGUGGGUUCGACUUCAAUAGGACCAAAAAGAAAUCCCGGGCAGUCAUGUAAUCCAAGGAAUCUUUGAUUAUUGAAUGUCAAAAUUGUCGGAAAAAAAUUUGGAUUCCUAGAGCAUUGCUCGUCUAAAUUCCCAAAAAAAUAUGUCUAAAUCCAAAAUUGCCGUCUAUUUCUUCACCAAUGGCCAACCGUUUAAACCGCCGCACAAGGUUAUGGUCGAUCGCCAGAAACUGGAAGAGAAUCAAGUGGUCGAGCGGAUAAAUCGCCUGCAUUACUACAAUGGUUACGUUGUCUAUACCCUGUUUGGUGAAGUGCUACGAUCCAUUCAAGAGAUCCAUGAUGACUCGGCCUUUGUGGCAGUGCCUCGCGAUCAGUGCUUUCAACCGGGACCGUAUGUCAAAGUGUUCCGGCAGUACAUAAACGAGAAACUUCCAGCUUUAUCAACUGGGAAAAAAUCUGACAAAAAGAAGAAGCCUAUCACAAAACCUUUGGGCAGCAGUUACGGCUGCAAAGCACCCGCUCCAAGACUUGCCAAGGAAGUUCGUUUCUGUCCCGGAUGUCGCCACGUGGCAGUUGACACGCGUUGCAAGGAUUUCGGCGUAAAAGGAACCCGUGGAAAACAGGACACGUGUGCUUGUAACAGAAGCGAUCCACAUGGAGAGUGUGUCCCCAUGCCAGUGCGACCGAUACUUCGACCCAAACGAAAGAGAAAGAGUAGAGGUUUGUGGAGUUGUUGCAGCAAAAAAGAGGAAAAACGCGAGGUUCCGAUGGUACGCAUGAGAAAACGGGAUAUCGAGGCGAUGGAGCAAGCAAAGGCGAAAAAAGAACGAAAACUGAAAAGCAAACAGGAAACAACUUGCUGUGGCAAGAAACCUACCCGCGAAGAACAAUACAGGAAGCAACGUGAAAAGAUGAUCAAGCAACGAGAGAAACGCAUCAUGCAGGAAGAGAAGCAGAGAAUACAACAACAGAAGGCUCUACUUGCGCGUAUCAGGCGGCGAAGGGCGAGACGAAGGUUUCUGGCAUGCUGUUGCCCGUGUUGUGUGAAGAAACCUGAACCAAUAUGGAGGCAACCGACGCCACACAACUGCAUAGAACAUUUGAAACAGGCCAGGGAUCACGCUAUACGGCGGCGCAGAGCGUUGCAAAUUCCGGAGCAAACCUCGUGGGAAAGUAUCACGUUCCCACCGCGAUUCAAGAAGAAGAUUCGUGGAACGCAGACCACUAAGGAAGAUCUGAAAGCUGCACGAAAAGCAUCCGGUAAAGGAUGCAGCUGUUUCGGCGGCGAGAAGAAGCAGAAGGGUGACGAGGGAACCGAAGAACUAGCGUAACGAACUGAAUUUGAAUAUCAUCUAGGAAAAUAAACUGU